AUUUGUUGAAGGGAGCUGGGCAGCUUUUCAGUCCCGCCAUGUUUGUUGAGGGGACGGGAUAAACAGGAAGUCAUUCAAAUCGCCCUCCCCAGCGUGUAUGGCUAGCAGUUAAUUCAAGGCUCUAACGUAGCUACUCCGUUAUCGGGUCAUUUGGGGAUAGCGGUGUUGAAACGGGACCUCCCGCAUUCCCCUCUCCGAUGAGUGAGUGAAACAGGCAGGUUGCUAUCGCUGUUGGGUCCCCUCUUUCCGCGGAUGACUAUGAAUGGGUCGGGACUCCCAAGGAGAUGACAUGCGAGAGGUCAAAGUCAACCAAGCUGGCUCACCUUCUCUCGGCAGCUUUCCUUCCGAGCAGCUGCCUCUGCGCGUGCCUCCCAGGGCAGGUUCCUGUAUUUUGUGUCAGCAUUCCUUAAGAGAAAAGCGAUGCCUGGAUUCAAAGAGGAAGAGGCAUGCGAGACAGCAAAGCCGCGGCCUGCCUUCUCUCCUCUUUGCCCACCGUCUCACUCGCAAGAGGAACAGCUUCCCUUCCACGGUUGCCACUCCAAAACUACCACUGUACCUCCCAAAAGCAAGCGAAGCAAUUAUUCUUAGCCAAAAUCUUGUGUGGCUUAUAGUCAAAGUCCUAUUUACUUCCUUGUUUUAUGACAUUAUGCUUCCAACUCUUCGUCACCUCUGCCAGGUUAUACCCCCUACUCCUGUAGGCAGUGUGGGUCCAGUUCGCAGGUACUUAUCCUGGGAAAAUGAGCAAAGGUGCAGAGGGCUGCUAGAAGCAUCCACCAACCGAUACAAACAAGAAGCCGUGUCAGCAGCUGUUCUGGUGUCCAUGUGCUCUGUGUCUGGGAAGCCAGCCAUCUUGUACACUCUGCGUUCCAGCACCCUGACUGGCAUGCACAAAGGAGAUGUCAGUUUCCCAGGUGGCAAACGUGACGACUCUGACCGGGAUGUCAUCGCCACGGCACUCAGGGAGACUCAUGAAGAGCUGGGCCUGCAGUUAGGGAAGGACUGCGUUUGGGGAGUCAUGAGACCAGUGCCUGAUAGGAUGAGAAAUGGAGUUGCUCCUGUGCUAGCCAACUUGGGUCCUCUGGAGCACCUGACACUGAAGCCUAACCCCAAAGAGGUUGAGGCUGUUUUCACUCUUUCCUUUUCCCAUCUACUGCAAGAAGAGAACCAGGGCUAUACCCACUUCUGCAACAAAGGCCGCUACAGCCACACACUGCCCGUCUUCCGUCAUGGGCCUCACCGUGUAUGGGGACUCACAGCUAUUAUCACUGAUUUGACUCUGGAAUUGAUGGCUCCGGGAGCGUACCACAGACGGACUCAUGUGUUGGGCAUUCGCUGAUCUUUACUUUCUAACACUCGGCCGCAAAGCUCUGUGGGUCCGUUCCAUGAAGUUUGCUAAAGGACACUGAUACAACUGAUACAGCUGAUCACUGACACCCAGUCAAAGGAAUGGGCAGCAAACUUUCACUGCAUUCCUUUCUCUAUUUGACGCACCUCUUCGGAGUUAGGUUUCAGAAUCAGGCCUUGAGAGAUGUUAAGCCUCUCCCUGGUCACCAAAGUCUUAAAAAACUCCAGCCACCUCAUUCAUGUUCAGCACAAAGAAACAGGUUUGCCCCUCAACCCAUGGUUCAGUUGUAUCAUGUUAUUAUUAAGGGAAGAGGCAGUAGACUAAGAAUCACCUCUCCUACUCUGUUGGUAACCGCUGCUGUAGGACCUAUUUUGAAUCAACUUCUAAUAAAUACACAAAUGAGGAACCCCU